GGGCACAUUCUGCUUAUAAUUCGAAAUUAGUUUGUGAAUAUAUAAUGUAGAUGAUGGCAAAACUAUAUGCAACACUAGUUUCUCAGUUAGCAAUGUUCAAAAAUGUCACCAUAAUUAUUUGACUUCUUCCGGAUGAAAUAAUCCAACCUUACGUCCCGUACGUCAUGGUUCGCCUGUAAACAUGGCAGACGAAGAAAACAGUGUCAUGGAAGUGGACAAGAGAAAGAAUGAGCCUUUCGUUGAACAAGUUAAGGCGCUGCUUGACGACGUUACCCGCAGAACAGACAAGCAGAAGAGUGCAGAGACUAAAAACAAGUCCGUCGAAAGCUGUUCGACUGUGGAGUACUGUGAGAAGCUACAGGCAUGGAUGUGGCAGUACUACACUGGAUACGUGAACUGGCAAAGCUGGCUGCUAGCUUCAACUAUGACCGUCCCACCCUGUUUACAGCCACCCAGCGGAACGUCCGCUGCUCUUGUUUUUGAUCCUCAGAACUGGCAAAAUGCUUCCUUUGGCCUCCCGUUGUUGCCUUAUCCACCUGCGGUCCAUUCCCCGAGCAGCCGAGCGGGGGAAGCGGAUGUCGGGGCCCCAGCGGCCGCUCAGCAGCCGCAGCAGCAGCAGCGGGAUCAUGGAAAUGCUCAGAGACAGGGUCGAGAGUACAGCAUUCCUUCACCUCUCCAAAGACUUAUGGCAGAGAUGGUGGAUUUCUUUAUAUUGUUUUUCAUCAAAGCAACCAUAAUCAUCAGUAUCAUGCACCUAAGUGGAAUAAAAGAUGUUUCCAAGUUUGCCAUGCAUUUCAUAGUGGAGGAAAUCGAUGAAGACACAUCGAUGGAGGAGUUGCAGAAAAUGAUGCUCGUUGCCCUCGUGUAUCGGAUAUUAGUUUGUUUUUAUGAGAUUGUAUGCAUUUGGGGAGCUGGCGGGGCCACUCCAGGGAAAUUUCUCAUCGGACUCAGAGUUGUUACGUGCGAUUCGUCAGUUCUGAUUCAGCCCAAUAGGGUUCUUGUAGUGCCGGCAACAAAUGUUUCCCUGUCCGCGUCCACGGUCCGAGCCCUGAACAAGAACUUCUCCAUUGCCUUCUUUUUCCCAGCAUUCAUCACGCUCCUCUUCUUUCAGCACAACAGGACUGUCUACGACAUGGUUGCUGGUACGAUAGUUGUCAAGCGCUCCAGGAUCAGAUGACACUGAAGCUGACAGAAAAAAUUAUAUAUAUAUAUAUAUAUAUAUAUAUAGAGAGAGAGAGAAAGAUAAUGAGUGCAGGAGUAAAAUAACUCUGAACAGGAACAAGAUGACAUCUUUAAAAAAGAAAGAAAAAUCCUGUGACACUGCUGUGAAGAGAAGAGAUUUAGGACCGGUGCUGAGUCUGAAACACUUCAGUAUGAACUAUUUAGGUUCACUGUUUGGUGUAUUUCUUCAUUCAGUGUCUGUUUGCUGCUUUAUACACAGGAGGGAUGAAGGUAAAUGCAUUAUUUUCUUGUUAACACAAGCUUGCCUUGUUUGUAAUUGUCCCCCUAUUAAGGGUAAAUGCCAUGUAUGGAUCAGUGUUUGAAUUGUGAAUUAUGCAUUUAUGUCAUAAUGACAUUGUCAUUGUACUCCUCAGUAUCUCUUUGUAUCACACCUCUGUUUCCAAAAGCCAGUAGUCAGACUUCUUAAAAUGUAAAUAAAAAAAAACUAAUUUAAAAUCUUUAAUUAAUUGAAAAAAGUAUUGGUAUAAAUGGGUUUUUUUUACAUUUUUGAUUUGAAAAAUGUCUGCUGAUUGUAUUUUUGAUGCCAGGGACAUUUAAAAAUGGAGCAGGCAGGAUUUUUAUUUCUGCAUCUCACUGUUCUGGUAUUUUAUUGCAUUUAAGAGUGUUGCUGAACAGGACUAAACACUCAGUAUUGUCAUUUAUGAUUUAUUUAGAAGUUGCAUUUCCCUGAUGAUGACUUUGAGCUUUAAUAGUUUCCUACUUGGCCACUUUUAUUUUUUGUCUACUUAUCAGUUUAUACCAGAAAAGGUUUGGGAAGUGUUUUAAGUUGAUGAAGUAAUUUCUACUGAAGUAUCAAAUGUGUAAUUCAGUACCUCUUUAGGGCUUCUCAGUUUGAAUUUCCAGCUUUCUUUUUUGCAUAUUCAGAUUACUUUUAAGUUGGAAUGCUCCAUUGAAAUCUAAUCUGUAAAUUUCAGACAGAAAACUAGUUAUUAAAGGUAUAAAUGCUCUGGGUUGUAUUUGCUUUUAGAGAAUGGUCAGAUAGGAAAGUGAUAAAUGAGAGGGAGAAGACAUGUGGCAGAAGUCAUGAGGCUGGGACUCGAACCUGUGACGGCCGCGUCAAGGACUAAGGCCUCCAUAUGUGGGUUGUGCUUUACGCCCGCGACAACUCAGCACCCAUUUUGGGUUGUAUUUAAAUGUGUUAUAAACCAAUAAAUGUCUUAUUCUGUAUUCAUACAUUACAUAAUGUCUCAUUGGAAACUGGAUUUCACAGCUUUACUUCAGCAGCUCUGUGGUCAGACUGUUCAAACGAUGAUUCACACUGUGGGAGUGACGCGCUCUGCUUGCUCUACAAUUACAAAAACUGGUUUAACGUCACAAGAUGUAUUGAAUGAAAAUGUAAACCUUCACCUUAGAUCAUCUGAGCAAUCCUUGCUUUAGCAGCAUGUACACCGUGAAGAAGCUGAGGUGUGACUCCUUUGGUGCAACUUAGAUCUUUUUGCAUUUAUGAAAAUUAAAUGAAAUCACCCAAAGUUCA